UGUGUGUGUGUGUGUGUGUGUGUGUGUGUGUGUGUGAUGGACGUGUGAUAAUAAACUGCUCAUACAUGUUUAUAUUUCGUUGUCGCAGGCAAGUGCGGAUGAACGAAGACGUGCAGAACAUGUGUAUAUGAUGUAUAUGACCUAGGUGAUUUCAAUGCGUGAUUUUCGAGAUCUGGUAUCACAGGAUAUGUUUAAGCAGGCUGAAGCGAGUGCUAAUGCUGGUGCUGUCGUGCCAUACAAACCGGCCUUGCCCAGCCUGGAGUGGAUACGGUUGCAGUUUGUCCCUUCUAGCCCGUACUCGAAAGCAAGUGCAAACUUCACCGGAGCGCUCGGCAUAAAGUUUAUGCUCCAGACUAGACAGCACCAAAAGGCAAAUGAGGAUGAGCAGUUUGGAACUGCUGGCCAGUUGAAUCUCAAGGAAUGGAGUAGCGAUUUAUCGGAACUUAUCGUAUUCAAAUGCUCAGACGACAAAUCGGCGAUAUUAAUCGGCGACUCAGGCGUUCCAGUUCAGGCCAACGCACGCCAGAAGAAGGGCAUCACGGAUGCAAGCGCACACCUCACUUCAUCAGAUCAUAAUUUCGUACGUCAAAUGGUGUCUGCUGCUGUUGCAUUAACCGUCGAAGUUCCUGAAACACGCGCGGACGCACGUGAUGUACGUAACUGGUAUAAAGGCACCUGUCAUACGUUACUGCGAGAUCUCGUGUUUGAACACAGUAGUGCUGCCCGUCAUGUUGCCGAUUUGAUCAAAAAUACCCUAAUAUUUGAGCGAGAGAAUCCGACAUUAGGCUUAUAUACAGAUGGUGGUCCGGACCAUAACACAACAUACAUAAGUGCUAUUUUGGCGAUGAUCUCGUGUUGGAGCUUGAUGAAUUUGGAUAUGCUCGUAGCAAUGCGUACACCGGCCGGAUUAUCAAUUCGCAAUUCAGUUGAGCAUUGCAUGUCUACACUUACGCUCGGGUUGAACGGAUGCUCUUUCAUGAGGAAGCAGAUGACGCCAGCACAGGAGAACAUCAUCAAAUCAUGUAUCACUAUGGUGAAAUGGAGAGCAAAGAAUGAAAUUGAUCCCACAGUGCGCGAACUUUGUAAGACCACUGUCACUCCAUGCAUAGAGGCCAUCGGUGAACGAUUUCAACGCUGUAAAUGGGAUGAAAAGCCAGUUCUUCUUCACAAAGCAGCAAAUGACGAUGAACUGGAAGCCGUCUAUAUACAAUUGACCAAACUAUUUCCGGAAGCAUAUGAUUGGAAAAACCUUAAAAAGGCUCAGGUGAUGGAAUUGGAAUCCUUCAAGCACUUCAUGAAGGAUCAUCUGCGACUGACUGAGUUCUCCAUACAGAUACGCAAGUGUUACCUUGGUGCGUGUUCAUUUCAUGGUCGAGUUCGUAUGGACGCAGAGAAAUUCAAAAGUAUUCCUUGGGUGCCGACUCCAAGUCUUAAUGAAUGUGGAGAGCACUACAAGAGGCUUGAUGCAACUCUAGCAAUGGAUCCCACAGGCGAAGCGACAGAUGCAGAUUUACCCUCCGCAAAGACUUGUUUGGCGAAAGCUGCGCGCAAGCCCACACAUUGCGCAAAAUCUUCCGGUUUAACCAUAGAAGGUUUGAAGGACAUUCAGGGUAACAUGCGUGCGAUUGUUACAUGCAAUGAUUGUUUGAUCCUACGAAUGGUUUACUCUGAGAAUGUAAUACUGCCCAGCGAAAAAGAACUUCAUCUGGACACGAUAAGACAUGAAGACUACAACUACAUCUGCGGUGAUGCUGUCGUGCCAGAGUCUCUCCCUUUGGCUGAAAAAUUGUGUACACGAAAGAAUAUCAAGUGUAGUGAUGAAGUCAAUGCUUCGUAUUACACUAGGUGUAAGAAGUGUAUCUAUGAUGUUUAUGACUCACUCAUCUGGUACAACUGUGCGGAUCCUGGUGAAGUACGCAUGCCCGACGAUGGUGCAUAUGCCUUCGUUCGGCCUACGUGUAGCGCAUGUCACAGAGAGGGGUUUCAGAGAUAUCGUCUCGCAGCCGCGCCCACGAAACGGAAGUGAGGCGAUACUACAACAGACGACGAAGUAGAUGCUGAGGAGGCUGAAGAAGAAGACUAAAUUCGACUACAUUGUAGAUUAGAACCUGAAAUCAAUAUUAACAUCGAGGUCGUGUACAUACAUAAAAAGAAAUAAAACAGACUCAUUGUAAUUAAAACAUGCCG